UUUGAGUGUUUUUUCACUAAAUUAACAUGGCUCAAAUGAACCGCCCAGCUCCUGUAGAAGUCACAUACAAGAACAUGAGAUUUCUUAUUACACACAAUCCAACCAAUGCGACCUUAAACAAAUUUAUAGAGGAACUUAAGAAGUAUGGAGUUACCACAAUAGUAAGAGUGUGUGAAGCAACGUAUGACACUACUCUUGUGGAGAAAGAAGGCAUCCAUGUUCUCGACUGGCCUUUUGAUGAUGGUGCACCACCAUCUGACCAGAUUGUUGAUGAUUGGUUAAAUCUUGUAAAAAUCAAGUUUCGUGAAGAACCUGGUUGUUGUAUUGCUGUUCAUUGUGUUGCAGGCCUUGGGAGAGCGUCAGUGCUCGUUGCUCUCGCGUUAAUUGAAGGUGGAAUGAAAUACGAGGAUGCAGUACAAUUCAUAAGACAAAAGCGGCAGGGAGCUUUUAACAGCAAGCAACUUUUAUAUUUGGAGAAGUAUCGUCCUAAGAUGCGGCUGCACUUCAAAGACUCCAAUGGUCGUAGAAACAACUGUUGCAUUCAAUAAAACUGGGGUGCCUGAUGCUGUUGCCUUGGAAGUAAAACUUGAGACAGAACUCCUUUUGUCAUAUGUACGUGUAUUAGCCAACAUGUUGGCUUGAUUAAUGAAGCUUCCACAGGAGUAUUGUAAAGCAGUUGUACCAGGCCACAAGCUUAACAGAAUUGCAACCUCUACAUUUGGGUUAUAGUCAACCUUUUUGGACACUAAGCAAAAGAUUCUUGCUGUUGAGCAUUUAAAUGUGCUUAUUAUUUGUACCGAUUGACCUUUCCUGAAAUCAUGCGGUAUUACUGGGUUAUGUCUUGUUUAAAUCUAUUCCCAUGCCAGAAUCUUAUCGAUAUGUAAGAAAUUUAGAAAGAUUAGGUGCCAAAAUACCCAGCACAAUACUUGUAUAUUUUUAGUAUCGUACAGAACUAAAAUCCCAGGAACUAUGAACACUCUAGACCUUAUGUGGCUUAUCCAGUCAUUUCAGACAUCGAAAGAAGGCCCUUGGGUUAUUUGCCUGCUCACUUUAUGUUUACAUCUCCCACGUUUAUACCAGUAUACAUCCGGUUUGCUCAGCCAUUGAUUUUUUUUUCUUUUGGAUUUUUACCAGGUCUUAGAGUGAUUAUUUAAUGUCUUUCUAUAAAUCUCAUUUUGUGCUGUUAUUAAAAAAACCUCCAUUUUGAAAAUCUGCAUGGUACAGAAGCACAUGUCUUUACUGUCUUUAGACAAAAAAAGCCUUACAGUUAAUUUAAUGUUUGCACUCUGAGGUGCAACUUAACAGGGAGGUCCUGAAAAAAGAAUGGGAGGGACUAUUAAAUAAUUUUAGCAAAAUAUUGCCUUUGUCUUGUGUAGGACAUGUAGAAAUACACUCUUUAAUCUAGUAAAUAUUUUUUAAAAGGUAGAGAUGCUUUGUUAAUUGUAGCUAAAACAAUUCUUAAUCAUAAUUUCUGAAAUUCUUGUAAUUUUUUCCUCAUACUUAUCAGAAGUUGUUUACCAACUUUUUUUUGUUCAAAGAAUGAUUUUUUUUUUUUCCUUUUCUUCCCAACCUCUUGCAAAAAAAAAAAAAAAAAUGGGUUUCAGGGGCGGCGCCUGUGGCUCAGUGAGUAGGGCGCCGGCCCCAUAUACCGAGGGUGGAGGGUUCAAACCCAGCCCCGGCCAAACUGCAACAACAACAACAAAAAAAAUAGCCAGGCGUUGUGGUGGGCGCCUGUAGUCCCAGCUGCUCGGGAGGCUGAGGCAAGAGAAUCACAUAAGCCCAAGAGUUAGAGGUUGCUGUGAGACUCUGUCUCUACAAAAAAAAAAAAAAAAAAAAAUGGGUUUCUGCUACUAAAUUGAGCAGACAUCUAAUAAAUAUUUUAUAUAUGCCUUUUGAGCUGUGUAACUUAAUAUUUGGAUACUUGAUAAUUUGUUUUAUUAUGUAAUUGAUAAAAUGGUGAUGUGUGUUAAUAUUAGUUCAACCAUAUAUUUAUACUGUCUGGGAGUAUGUGGUUAUAGUUCUGUGGGAGAAAUAAUUUGUCAGUGUUCACCAGCUUGUAAAAACUUAGUGCAAGAACUUAAACAUCUAAAUAAAUAAUGAAAUGCAUUUAUCAUC